CAUCCCCCCGGUGUCCGGGUGCACCAGCCGCCGCCGUUGCCGGGGAGUCGGUGGCUCCGGCGGGAAGCGCCGGACGAGCCCACUGCGCGGCCGCUGUGGGGGAAGCAAGAGCUCCCAAUUCCACCUCCCCUCCUAAGUGAAGGUUUCCGCCCCUCUGGAGAGGAGGCGGUGCCCGGAUCGGCCAUCGUCCUCUGCUGAACAGCGGCGCCAAGAUGAGCGGAGAGGAGAAUCCAGCCAGCAAGCCCACGCCAGUGCAGGACGUGCAGGGCGACGGGCGCUGGAUGUCCCUGCACCAUCGGUUCGUGGCCGACAGCAAAGAUAAGGAGCCUGAAGUCGUCUUCAUUGGGGACUCCUUGGUCCAGCUAAUGCACCAGUGCGAGAUCUGGCGGGAGCUCUUCUCUCCUCUGCAUGCACUUAACUUUGGCAUUGGUGGUGACAGCACGCAGCAUGUGCUGUGGCGACUGGAGAACGGGGAGCUGGAACACAUCCGGCCCAAGAUUGUGGUCGUCUGGGUGGGUACCAACAACCACGGGCACACAGCAGAGCAGGUGACUGGUGGCAUCAAGGCCAUCGUGCAACUGGUGAACCAGCGGCAGCCCCAGGCCCGGGUCGUGGUGCUGGGCCUGCUACCAAGGGGCCAGCACCCUAACCCACUCCGUGAGAAAAACCGACGGGUAAACGAGCUGGUACGGGCAGCAUUGGCUGGCCACCCACGGGCCCACUUCCUGGAUGCCGACCCUGGCUUUGUACACUCAGAUGGCACCAUCAGCCACCAUGACAUGUAUGACUACCUGCAUCUGAGCCGCCUGGGCUACACACCGGUCUGCCGGGCCCUCCACUCCCUGCUUCUGCGUCUGCUGGCCCAAGACCAGGGCCAGGGUGUCCCCUUGCCAGAGGCCACACCCUAAGCAUCCAUAUUCCCACAUUAAAUUCUUGCUUCUCA